AUGGAGGAACGUGGUGAGAAGGAACUCAUAGCCAAGACAAUCCACAUGGAGGUCAACGUGGAUUUGGUAAUCGGGAAUUCCUCUCCCCCUCCUUUGAUUAAGAGUAACUCGGCAGUCCCAGUUCAAAAUGAAAACCUCCGGCAGCCGGUUUGUUCUCUGAACUCCGACGUCGAGAAAUUUGCCAAUGGGGAUUACUGGAUCACACAAUCCUCUAACCGGGAUACGUUUGUUACGGGAAUAUCUUCCCUUGAUUUGUUUACUGAGAGGACAUGA